CCCGUAGCCAUUUUGGCUCAAGCUCCCUGUGGCUGAAGCCUGCGAGACGCGGCAGGCCCGGCCCCCCCCCACCCGCGUCCGGCGCGGGGGCCCGCUUGAGCGGCGGCGGCCGCCAUGAACAUCAUGUUCGCCUGCUGCGCCGACGCGGCGCCCGCCGAGGCCGAUCGCCCUGCUGAGGGCGGCCGCGGCGAGGAGGCGGAGGGGGUUGGAGCUCUCGCCGCGGCUCUCCUGGGCCGCCUGCAGCAGCAGGCCAGGCCGUCCGUGGCGCCCCUGACGACGCCGGUCCAGCGGCACGCGGACAGGGUGCCCAGCGGCGAGCGCGGCCUCAGCCUCGUCGCGCUGGGGGCACUGCGAACCUUCUACGCCGCACAGGGGGCGCUCGGGAAGGUGAUGGGCGACGUGUGCAAGGAGGCAAAUUUCGCCGCGAGUGUCUGCGCGCUCACGCGGUCGACUGGGCUGUCGCUCGCCGAGACCAUCGUGCUCGCCGCGCGGGAGGGGGAGGACGCCAGCGGGCUGGUAGGCCACGCGACCACGUUCUCCUCCUACUCCUGGACAGGUACCAGGCUGGGGGACAUGCUGACGGCGAUCCAGAACAAGGUCUUUGAAUUGGAGGCUGCCGAUGGACGGCGCCGUUUCGUUUGGGUGGAUAUGUUCGCCGCCUCUCAGACGCUCCUCGCCGGUGAUUUCCGCGACGAGGCAAGCCACCCCAAGUGCAGUCCUGGCUACAGGGAGCGGAAAGAGGACACCGACACGAUCUUCGACCACGCCCUCGAUGCGAUUGAGGAGUUGCUCCUGUACGCAUCGCCGCUCACUGAACAGUGGCGCGCUCCGCAGCACCCAUACCUGUUGCCAGACAUAGGUGACCCGCCGCCAGACUGGAUGCGCCGCGGCCCGGGCGCCAUGACACGCGCGUGGUGCAUGCUCGAGAUGGUGAUGGCGCUGGCCAAGCCAGCGCGGCUUCACGUCGUGCUGCCCCCCGCCGAUGUCAGCAGCUUCGAGGAGCUAUUGACGAAACACUUCGAUGACAUCGCCGGCAUCAUCGCCGGCCUGGACGCGCGCAAAGCUCAGGUCAGCAAGCCCGAGGACCGUGACUGCAUCCUCGGACAGGUGCGGAUGUUGGACGGUGGCCUCGGCACGGUCACUUCGACCGUCUGCUCCUCGCUGCGCGGUUGGUUGACGGAGCAGGGGCGGAAGGCGUUGCAGAGCCAUCAUGAAGACAACGGAGAGCAGAACAUCAUCCGAUUGAAAGACAGGGUGGCCUCGCUGCUGCAGGCCCAGGGGGACCUCGCCGGCGCCGAGCCGCUCUACCGCGAGGCGUUGCAGGCAAUCCGCGAGGUCCUCGGCGCCCGGCACCCCCGCACGCUCGUUUCGGUGAACAACCUGGCCACGCUGCUGCAGGCCCAGGGGGACCUCGCCGGCGCCGAGCCGCUCUACCGCGAGGCGUUGCAGGCUAGCCGCGAGGUCCUCGGCGCCCGGCACCCCAGCACGCUCACCUCGGUGAACAACCUGGCCAGGCUGCUGCAUGACCAGGGGGACCUCGCCGGCGCCGAGUCGCUCGUCCGCGAGGCGUUGCAGGCACGCCGCGAGGUCUUAAGGCGCCCGGCACCCCAGCACGCUCGCCUCGGUGAACAACCUGGCCUCGCUGCUGAAGGUCCUGCCGCGCCGCUGGGGGCCGAGGGCGGCCCCGAGCCAGGCUGGCUGCCGCUACGCGCCCCCUCUCUAGCUCCUCCGCCUUCUCCUCCUCCUCUCCUCCUCCUCCUCCUCCUCCUCCUCCUCCUCCUCCUCCUCCUCUUCCUCCUCCUCCGCGUCCUUUUGAGUAGGUAUGCUAUGUGGCUUGCGUACCAAUUUUCCAGCGAAUGUUCAUGCGGCCUCGACGUUGCGUCAGAAAGCCACUCAGAGCUCCAAUGCUGUUCAGGGAUCUCCCCGACGAGCCCGCAAGCUAAGACUUGCGUGUCUUGGCAACGAUAUGGCAUCCCUGGACGGCGCCAUUGGGGCCAGCGGUUCUUGCCACCCCAAGACAGUGCCAAAUGUUGGAGCAUGUUCCCUUGGGUCCUACUGCUGUUCGUCCGAGGGUUUUUGUAUAGCUUCGCCAGCGCAUGGCACGGUCUAAAGCAUCAGCUGACCAGAGAUGCUCCCUCCGAAUUGGGGCCGCGCGUACAGAAGUCUCCCGAUUGGCCCGCUCUCCGCAAACGGUACCACCAAAGUGUUGUUGGCCGUUCGUGGCGCCAGCAGUCACGCACAGGAAGAGCUCUCGAGUCAUGUUGACGUGCCUGAGCUGCCCGUCUGCCUUUUCACCGUCGACUGCGACCCCGACGAGACUGGCC